UGGGAGGCGGCCCCGGAGCGGGCGGGACCGGGAGCGCGGCGGCUGCGGCCGAGGUCUGGGCACCCGGGCCUGGCCGCGUCCCGGGGACUGCGCGGACGCGGGCGAGGGCGCAGCCGGGCGCGGGGGUCUGCCCGGUACCGGGGGACCCAGCAAAGACUUCCCAGAACCGGGGGACCCAGCACCAGGGGACCUGGCACCAGGACCUAGCUCCAGAGGACCCAGCACUGGGGACCCACACCGGGCUGUCCAGCAUCGGGGGACCCAGCACCAGGAGCCCAGCACCGCUACCCAGCACCACCGAGCUUCCCAGCACCUGGGGACGCAGCACCACUAGGCUUCCCAGCACCAGGGACCCAGCACCACCAGGCUGCCUAGCACAGGGGACCCAGCACGAGGGGACCCAGCACGAGGGGACCCAGUACCGGGAGACCCAGCACCAGGACCUAGCUCCAGGGGGCCCAGCACUGGGGGGACCCAGCCAGUGCUGUGGCUUCGGAGGACACAGGCAGGAACACUCACAGUGUGGAGACAAUGCCAAAGCUGCACGGCUUUGAGUUCUGGAGCUGUACCCUGCAACGGGCCCGCCACGUGGUGGCCCCCAUGGUGGACCAGAGUGAGCUGGCCUGGAGGCUGCUGAGCCGCCGCCAUGGGGCCCACCUCUGCUACACGCCCAUGCUGCACGCCCAGGUCUUUGUGCGGGAUGCCAACUACCGGAAGGAGAAUCUGUACUGUGAAGCGUGCCCUGAGGACCGGCCCCUCAUCGUGCAGUUCUGUGCCAACGAUCCAGAGGUGUUUGUCCAGGCGGCUCUCCUGGCCCAGGACUACUGUGAUGCUGUCGACCUGAACUUGGGCUGCCCACAGAUGAUAGCCAAGAGAGGUCACUAUGGUGCCUUCCUGCAGGAGGAAUGGGACUUACUCCAAAGAAUGAUUCUGCUGGCCCAUGAGAAACUCUCUGUUCCCAUCACGUGCAAAAUCCGUGUCUUCCCGGAGAUCGACAAGACCGUGAGGUACGCUCAGAUGCUGGAGAAGGCCGGCUGCCAGUUGCUGACUGUGCAUGGGCGCACCAAGGAGCAGAAGGGGACCCUGUCAGGUGCGGCAUCCUGGGAGCACAUCGAGGCUGUGCGGAAGGCUGUGGCCAUCCCUGUGUUUGCCAACGGGAACAUCCAGUGCCUGCAGGACGUGGAGCGUUGCAUCCAGGCCACGGGCGUGCAGGGGGUCAUGAGUGCAGAGGGCAUCCUGCACAACCCUGCCCUGUUUGAGGGCCGGAGCCCUGCCGUGUGGGAGCUGGCCGAGGAGUACCUAGACAUCGUGCGCCAGCACCCCUGCCCGCUGUCCUGUGUCCGUGCCCAUCUCUUCAAGCUGUGGCACCACACGCUGCAGGUGCAUCAGCAGCUUCGAGAGGAACUCGCCAAAGCCAAGACCCUGGAGGGCAUCGCUGCUGUGAGCCAGGAGCUGAAGCUGCGGUGCCAGGAGGAGAUGGCCCAGCAGGAGGGAGAGAAGCCAGCUGGUGGCUUGCCGUUCUUCCACUGGAUCUGCCAGCCCUAUGUGCGGCCAGGGCCCAGGGAGGGGAGCAAGGAGAACGGCAGUGCCCGCAGCAAGCGGGCCCUAGAGGAGGAGGAGGGAGGCGCAGACGUCCUAUCCAAGAACAAGCAGAAGAAGCAGCUGAGGAACCCCCACAAGACCUUCGACCCCUCUCUGAAACCAAAAUAUGCAAAGUGUGACCAGUGUGGAAAUCCAAAGGGCAACAGGUGUGUGUUCAACCUGUGCCGUGGCUGCUGCAAGAAGCGAGCCUUCAGAGAGACCGCGGACUGCCCAGGUCACGGAUUGCUUUUUAAAACCAAAUUGGAGAAGUCUCUGGCCUGGAAAGGGGCCCAGCCCGAGCUGCAGGAGUCUCAGCACACAAGGCCUGGGGCACCAGGUGGCAUCUCUGAAGUUGUGGGCAGUGCUCUGGCCUAAAGGGCUGGCAGCACUCCUGCCCAGGACUGCUGCUGAAGCCUGGACCCGUCUUUCUUACUUAAGGAAAUGCCUUUUACUCAGGGAAUCUCCUGCUAUUUACCAGGGAAGGACAUGCCAGUGUCCUCCUGCUGACCCACACUGGGGGCCUGGAAAUGCUGCACCGGGGAGCAGGCCCCAGGCUGGACCUGCCCUGUUCUCACAACUCAUGUUUUCAAAAGUGAACAAUAAAUCAUUUCGAAGAUGCAGUGCA